UUUACUGCUGUCAGCUUCAAAAACUUUAUUAAAUUAUACAAAAUCUAAUUCUGAGCAUAUGUGGUUUGUUGAUUUUCAUUAAUUUCUUAAAAAUUUUGUUAUUAAACAACUUGCAAAGCUUGAAAAUUAAUCGAAAUUUAGCUACCCUACCGUGCUAGGAAAGUGGUUGGCAGUCAACCAGCUGUCAAAACAACCAUAAACAUACACCACCACGUCAAUGCAGCAGGCGUUUAAUCAGCUGGUAAAUUGCGCGAGAAAAUUCAAACAAAUCCAAACUGCAAGUGAUAAGAACGAGAACGGUGGACACGUACACUGAUUUAGUGCUUCUUAGAACGCCCAUCGCGUAAAAGAAAAUCCCCUCAAACGCCCGAAGUCUCGUUUCAAGCAGCUGCCCGUACCAGUAGUAUGCACUCACCAGCACUACCAUGACUUUCGACAUCGAGCGUAAGCGUUUGGAGUUGUGCUAUGGCACGUUUGGUACCAACGCGAAUGGCACCUCUACCACCAAGGCGACCGAAAGGAAGCGAAGGAAAAGUUCCACCUCGUCCGAGCAAUCCACACUCCACAGGCACCGGAAACGAUCCGUAAGUGAAACGAAGCCCAGCCCCAACAAACAACGAUGGCAGCAGCAUUUGCGACAGACCAAGUGCCAUGUUAUCACCAUCUUUGCCAGUGGCGUAUUAUUUUCGGUGCUAAUGCUUAUCCUGCUGGACUUUGUCCCGUCAUCGCCUCACCGCCAGCCGGAAGGUUCAAUACGGCGCGUCGGUUCCGAGGGUGGACGGGCUCUGUACGCUCCGCGGCAUCUUCCCGAUGAAUCGAUGCUUAGGUUGGCGGAUGAGACGCGCGUAAUGGAACCGUACCUGCCGGCACGGAAGUUAGCCACACCGUCCGAUGAGAAACAAGACACACUAACGAACGAACAGGAAGCGCUUGGGUCGCUUAAAAUGGCACUGGAAAUGAAGCAGCUCGGGAAGGAUGAUAAGGCGCUACGAUUAUUUCAACACGCGCUCGCACUAUCCCCGAAGCAUCCGGAAAUUCUCACCAAAUACGGUGAAUUCCUUGAGCACAACCAGCAGGACGUAGUGUCGGCCGAUCAGUACUACACCCAAGCACUCACGGUUAAUCCGUACUAUUCGGAAGCCCUGGCCAACCGAGAGCGUACGGCACACAUUGUGGAGCAGAUGGAUGCCAAACGGUUCGAAGCGUUGGAUCGGAAGCGCGAUGCGUUAAGCUCGGUGCACGCAUCCAACAUGGCACUGAAACGAGCGGAAAAGGAAGCUUACAUUCAGCACAUUUACCAUUCGGUCGGUAUCGAGGGUAAUACGAUGAGUUUAGCACAAACGCGUUCGAUUCUGGAGACGCGCAUGGCCGUCGAUGGGAAGAGUAUCGACGAGCAUAACGAAAUUCUUGGUCUGGACGCGGCCCUGAAGUAUAUCAACGCAACGCUGGUAAACAAAAACGAUUACAUUACCCUGAAGGACAUCCUGGAGAUACAUCGGCGUGUGCUUGGCCACGUGGAUCCAAUCGAGGGUGGUGAGUUUCGUCGGACGCAGGUUUACGUCGGCGGUCACAUCCCACCCGGACCCGGUGAUUUGGCGAUCUUGAUGGGACGCUUCGAGAACUGGCUCAAUUCGGAGCAGGUGUUUCUGAUGCAUCCGGUCAAGUAUGCGGCAAUGGCACACUACAAACUGGUACACAUACAUCCAUUUAGUGAUGGUAAUGGUCGCACGUCGCGAUUACUAAUGAACACGCUGUUAAUGCGUGCCGGUUAUCCGCCGGUGAUAAUACAGAAACAGCAUCGGCACAAGUACUACAACUUUUUGCAGCUGGCCAACGAGGGUGAUAUUCGUCCGUUUGUGCGAUUUAUUGCGGAUUGUACGGAGCGCACGCUGGAUCUUUAUCUGUGGGCAACGAGUGAACUGUCCCAUCCGGUUCCCUUGCUGGCGCAGGAAAGCAUGGAGGGUAUGCCGUUAAUUUUUAACAGUUUUACCGACUACGGAGCCGAUGUUGGUAGCGGUGCUGGUGAUACGAUACGGAUAGGUGUUAUUUGAUAUUGGCUUCUACUAGCCCUGGCUGGAACAGUGGCUUUUGGUGCACCACAUCUUCCCAUCAUCACAAGCGUUUGGUGGAGUGUGUUUUGUUUGUACAUAGUUUUGUUAUUUUGCACACGUAUUUUAAAUGCCGUCUUCUCAUAUAAGCUUGUUAACUUAUUGUCCGUUUUUAAACUGUCUUCUCGUUACCUUCUACCAUUUACAAAGAAACAGUCCGUUAUGAAAUGAGCGUCAAGUACCAUGUGAUCGAAUCACGCAGGUUACCCGCGAACGGGGAAGCUAUAUUACGGGGAACCUACCAAAACGCACAGAAACGGAAUUACAACAAUCCGUAUAUAGUCAAUCGAAACUACAAAUAUGAGUCCUACUACUGUUUUGUGAUACUGUGAUUAUUUUUAGAAACUAUAGUAGAAUCCAAAAUGUACAAUAAACUAGCAAAUUUUAAUCAUCA